UCAGUCAGUCCUCUUAUUAUUACCCUUAUAGUCUUAACUGUUCUUUCUUUCCAUCUCUCUCUCUCAUCUCUUUUUUCUCUGAACUACUCUUCUGCUGCUUUGGCAGUCUAAUCUAAUAAUAUAAUUAAGCCCAGCUGAGCUGAAUACGACUACUCUUUCAUUACCACCAUACAGUCACUUAUUAUUUUGUCUCUUUUUUGCCAGACUUCCAUAACUACAGCUAAUAAAGAGUCUGAGUAGUAUACCAAUAAUAAUAAUAAUGUCAUCAUCUGCAGGGUCUUUCUCUCAUGCGCGAAAUUCAAACUCGUCUUGGACGCCUAAGCAAAACAAGCAAUUUGAGAAGGCUCUUGCUGUGUAUGACAAGGACACCCCUGACCGCUGGCAAAAUGUGGCCAAAGCAGUGGGUGGGAAGACUCCAGAGGAAGUAAAAAGGCACUACGACAUCCUUGUGCAGGACCUCAUGAAAAUAGAGUCUGACCAAUUCCCUACACCCAAUUACAGAGGCGCUGGUUGCAGCCUCAGAGGAUUUGGUGAUAAUGAACACAGGCUAAUGAGGAAUCUUAAGCUCUGAGGAUUGUGAGAGAGAAGGAAAAAGCAAAUGCAUACAUAUAUAUAUAUAUAUAUUUAUAGAUAUAUAACAAGAAGUGUAAUGCAACCGUGGUUAUGAUUAAGUUUAGUGUUAGUCGUUCCUUCCCAUAUCCAUGAGUGUUAAUAUUUAUAUAUCUGAUGUACUUUCCAAAAGCUAACGCCCUUUGUUUCUGUUUAUUAUAAUAGACUUUCUAUAAAAACAUAUUAUAUAUCUUGGCUUGGGUGUUUCUUUUACUUUAAUUUUCUCAAUUUACUAUCCUCCUUGUUCUCUAAGUCUAAACCCACAAUUCGCUAAAAAUAACCAUAUCAUAUCAUAUUCGAGAAAAAAAAGUUGAAACGCGACCCAAGAGCUUGCCUACAUUUAUUGUUUAUUAAAAAAUUC